AUGAAGUCACCUACUCAUCAUGUGUUGCCCUUGUCACUCGCUUUCUUUCUUUCCAUCUUCUGCGUGAAGGCAGACUUUUCUCCGAAUCAAACAUGGGAACCAUGCUCACCAUACUGUAACUGCUCAACAGUAGACAACAUGGUCAUGGCUAAAUGUGAUUUAUCAUUGCCUGAGCAAUGCGAAAGCUUCAACCUUCCCGAUGAUAUCUUCUUUUUGUAAGUACUUCGUACAAUUGUGUUUUUAGUUAGUAAGAGAAUUCGUUUACGUUAUGGUCGUGAUUGCAGUCUCUAAACGAUAACGCUGCUUUGAAUUACUUUCUUGUGAAUACUCCGGUUCUUAAUUUGCAUUUUCAGUUCGAUCGGGACAGCUCACAAUCUCUUCCUGCUCUAAAUAAAGUGUCGUUCAGAAUUAUAAGUAUGUGAACAGUUCAGGCGGUUGCCUCAGUGCACUACGCAACCUACAACUUCUAUAAAAAGUGCUGUCUACUAGUGGAAAGAUGUAAUGUAUCGACUGUAACUGGGCGAACUCCAGAAAGAGGCCAGUCAACAGCUUCUCUCGAAAGUGCCUAGCGCCAGAUAAUAACGAGCUUAAGCAAAAACGUGAACGUUGAUGUCCCGGACGGUCAUGAUUAAGCAAUAGACUACACUUUCUAUGGGUUUACCGGCGUGAUAACCCACGCGGAUGUUGGGAGAACACGAGAAAAGCUUGAGUGAUUUACAAGCUUUGCGAGUGUUCUCCCAACAUCCAAGUGGGUUGUUACGCCGGUGAACCCAUAGAAAGUGUGGUCUAUUGCUUUUAUAAAAUAAAUUUAAGUUUUCUAUGAGUUUACCGGCACAAUAAACCAUAGUUUUUUAACCAAUCAGAACGCGCGUACCGUUCUUUAGUCAUUUUAUCAUGAAAUAGUAGUAAACUAUUCCUGCAAUAAUUGAAGCCAUUUUUUAUCGUUUAAAUGCAGAGAUUUGUCGCAAAACGAUCUGGAUGAAGUUCCCUCCUGUGUGCUGAAUAAAAGUGCAAGUAUUUCUUAUCUGUAAGUAUUCUAACAUUAUUGUUAGAAGUCCUCGUGAGAAUAGUGAAACAUGCUUUGUAAAUAGGUGUCUAGUUUAUUUUAAUUACAUUCAAUUAGAUUGCUUUUUAGUAUUUGUCUAGCCGUAGACAGUUUCGACUUCUAUUUAUUGUUACCUUGUAAUUUUAUGUUUAUUCAAAACCUUCAAUAAAGAUCUUUAUUAUUAAAUUGAUAAUUAUUUUUAUGAUUGAAAUUAGUGAUGGGACAGCAAAAGAAACAUCACGCUAAAUUCGAACUCUUCCUUCACCUUUGAGUCUGUAAAACAGUAGUAAAGCUUUGUGAAUUCAUUGCUCUCUCGUCCCCCAAAUAAUCUGACGAGUGCUUAGGCGGAAUUUCAGUCUUUUCCAAAGUGACCAACACGUAUUAUGUUAUUGCUACAAAAUCAGACAUAACCUGUUUUUGCUUUCACUUAGGUCACUUUCAGGGAACAAAAUCAACAAGAUAGAAGAAGGAUCCUUUCCAGAACUACCCCGGCUUUUGAACCUGUGAGUGUUUGUUUGAACAAAAAGACUAAUCGUGAUCUUUUGUUUCUUUAUAUAAACUAUUCUGUCCUAACUUUGUAUGAGAACCCUUCAAUGUUCGCAAUUACUUGGCUGAAUUUUUCUUUCUAAAAUCCGAUACAGUUAAAAAAUAAUAAUUAAUUAUUUUCAGAGAUCUUUCCUACAACAGACUGCAGCAAUGGAGAGGGGACAUCUCCACCGUCCUUCCCUCGCUUGAAUCUGUAGACUUCACUGGGAACCAGUUCUUCCUCCCCGACAAAAAUCUUCUCAGACUUGACAACCUUCUAGACAUAUACGGUAUCGUAUGGAGCACUGCAUGCGGCGAAUGUUAUUUAAUCAGAACCGAAUUACUAAAAAGCUUUAAUGACAGUGAAUCACUGUGCAUAUUAGACGAUAGGAACUAUUCAUUCGCGGACGAGAUCAAAUAUGGAAAGUCAUUAUUAUUCGUGAGAGAGGGCUUCUCUCCUCAGUGCUUAUGUGAACAUAAAGACUGUGACAUGACAGAAAAGGGCAUCCCUUAUAAUAUGGCACUCAACACACUUCCGAGGAAGCUCUUUUAUGUCGAGUACGUCUUUGGUAGCACUGCAGUGGUUUUGAAUUUUGUCGUGGUUUUGAUUACGUUUGGAUCCCAGUCAAUGCGCAAGAGUACGUCGUUCGUUUUAAUUGGCAAUAUUGGAUUGUGCGAUGUCUUGAUGGGUAUAUACUCGAUCCUAAUUGGCCGCUUUACCGUAUACGAAUUUAUAGUAAAUGAGAGCCACUAUCCCGAUACUGACACCUUCGUGAACAAGUACUGCACUAUUAUGGGUGUUAUCUUCACUGGGGCCCAAAUAACUUCUGUGUCAACGUCGUUCUUAGCUACUCUUGAGCGUUAUCUAUCUAUAGUUUAUUGCAUGAAUCCGCAAGCAAGGUUAAGGAAAACAACUGCAUUGUGGUGCUUGGUAGCAGUUUGGUCCGCCGCGCUUGCCUUCUCACUAUUGCCAGUUUUUCAAAUUGGUGGUUUGAGAUACCAUGGAGAGUUUACUUGCAUGAUGCCAUUUAUAAACGGACCUGAACUCACCGACACUUCCAUGACAGGGUUUGCUGUAGCCUCAUUGCUAGUCCUUUUCUACCUCGUCAGUUUUGCUAUGUACUUUCACAUUUUCUUGCACGUCAGGAAAGCGGGAAUUAGUGCUGGCGUGAAAAGAAAAGCUUCCUUGGCCAAGAACAUUUUAAAGAUGGUGCUGACUAACUUUCUUUUUUCUGUUAUUCCAAUGGUUUGCACGUUACUUUUUGUAUAUAAAUACAAGGACCUUAUGGAGGCGUUUAACGUUGAUUCAUUGACAAAACUGCGGAUAUAUUUUAUCAUGUUGUCUUGGCUCCCUGUGGUAUUUCUAAGUGUCAACUCGUGCUUAAACCCUUUCUUGUGCGCUUUUAGACAUCCCAAAUUCCGGGGGGAGUUGCAUGCUUUUAUUAACAGGUGCAAGUGCAACUGCUUUAAAACAUCAAGCAAUGAACUUUUUGAGGCUUCGACGCUUAAGGCAAACAAAAGGGUAGAUCUUAAUUGCACAGACGCCAUUGUCAGGGAGGAACAUUUUAUAGACAGAUAUAGAUCAUUGGGUACGUUGACUUCCAAACUUUAA